UUUGGUUGAAAACGUUACCGAAGUUCCCGCCUUCGCUUGUCUUGCGCUUCACAGGACCUUCCCCUUCCCUUCCAUUUCUCCAAUUUUCCUGAAACACAAAUGGCAGAUUUCUCUCUCAUUUUUUCUCUGAAUUUUUGUUUUUAUGUUUCUUUUGAUCUGAGUUGAAAAAUCAAUCGUUUCUCAUCUUCUUGUUUUGCUGCUCAACAAUGUCGUUCUCCGAUUCUGAUACGUCCUCGGGACCCAAUGAGUACAAGAACUUCCGUCAAGCCAGUCGUGAUCGAUUAUUGUUCGAAAUGCUUGGAGCAGCUAAUACGGAGAAUUCAAAACCUUGGAAGGUACUAAUCAUGGAUAAAGUGACUGUGAAAGUCAUGUCUCACUCUUGUAAAAUGGCGGAUAUCACAGACCAAGGAGUUUCACUUGUGGAAGACCUGUUCAGAAGAAGGCAACCAUUGCCAUCUAUGGAUGCUAUUUAUUUUAUCCAGCCAUCCAAAGAGAAUGUUGUCAUGUUCUUGUCUGACAUGUCUGGAAGGGAACCUUUAUACAAGAAAGCAUUUGUAUUUUUCAGUUCACCCGUCCCAAAAGAAUUUGUCAAUCACAUUAAGUGCGAUACAAGUGUCUUACCCCGCAUAGGUGCAUUGCGAGAGAUGAACCUCGAAUACUUUCCGAUUGAUAGCCAGGCCUUUAUCACUGAUCAAGAACGGGCAUUAGAAGAUCUAUUUGGUGAUAUUGAGAAUUCUCGUAAAUUUGAUAAUUGCUUGAACACAAUGGCGACUAGAAUCGCUACUGUGUUUGCCUCACUAAAGGAGUUUCCAUUUGUGAGAUAUCGAACUUCCAAGGCUUUAGAGGAUCCCACUGCGGCAUCACUUCGUGAACUAGUACCCACAAAACUUGCUGCUGCCAUCUGGAACUGUAUUUCAAAGUAUAAAACUACCAUUCCCAACUACCCUCAGUCUGAAACAUGUGAGCUGCUCAUCUUGGAUAGAUCCAUUGAUCAGAUUGCCCCUGUUAUUCAUGAGUGGACUUAUGAUGCUAUGUGUCGGGAUUUGUUAGAAAUGGACGGAAAUAAGUACAUAUAUGAGGUAUCCAGUAAGACAGGAGGUGCGCCCGAUAGAAGAGAGGCCCUUUUGGAAGACACUGAUCCAGUCUGGCUUGAGCUUCGACAUUCACAUAUUGCAGAUGCUAGUGAACGUUUACAUGAGAAGAUGACCAAUUUUGUAUCUAAAAACAAAGCUGCGCAAAUUCAGCAAAGUGCAAGAGAUGGCGGUGAAAUUUCUACUCGAGAUUUACAAAAAAUGGUUCAAGCUUUACCACAAUACACGGAACAAGUUGAAAAGAUUACUCUUCAUGUCGAGAUUGCUGGAAAAAUAAACAAACUGAUUAGAGAAAUGGGCCUUCGAGACCUUGGACAAUUGGAACAGGAUUUGGUUUUUGGAGAUGCCGGAGCUAAGGAUGUUAUUAGCUUCUUAAGGACAAAUCAGAAUGCAAGUCCAGAAAAUAAAUUACGUUUGUUGAUGAUUUAUGCGUCUGUCUAUCCUGAAAAGUUUGAGGACGACAAAGCUUUAAAGAUAAUGCAGUUGGCUAAGCUAUCGACUGAAGAUAUGAAGGUAGUGAAGAACAUGCGGUUGCUUGCUGGGUCGGAUUCCAAAAAGGCAUCAUCAGCCCAUAGUUUCUCCUUAAAAUUUAAUGCACAGAAGACUAAACAAGCAACAAGAAAGGACCGUACUGGUGAAGAAGAAACAUGGCAACUAUUUCGAUUUUACCCCAUGGUUGAGGAGCUUAUUGAAAAUAUGUGCAAAGGUGAAUUAUCAAAAAGUGAAUAUUCAUGUAUGAACGAACCUCCUCCAGUGACUGAAAAAGCUGCCCCAAAAGGUACUCAGAGUGCAACUAGCCAAACAGGUCAAUCUACUGGUGGCCCAAAAUCAAUGAGAUCAAGACGAACAGCAAAUUGGGCACGAUCCAGUAUCUCUGACGACGGAUAUGGAAGUGAUUCUAUUUUGAGAGCUGCAACUCUUGAUUUUAAGAAGAUGGGACAACGUGUUUUCGUAUUUAUUAUUGGCGGGGCUACUCGAUCCGAGUUGCGAGUUUGUCAUAAGCUCACAGCAAAACUAAGGAGAGAAGUAGUGCUAGGUUGCUCCAGUUUGGAUGAUCCUCCCCAGUAUAUCACAAAAUUGAAGCUGUUGUCGGAAAGAGACAUUUCAGUGGAGGCCCCCAGAUUUUAGUGGUCGUUCUUUAUCUUAUAAUUAAAAGUGGUUCUCACCAACUACACAAUGAUUCAACUUUUAACUCUUUUCCAUGUGUCAAUACGAGCAUAGCUCAAUUGACAUAAAGUAUGUACUUUCGACCAAUAGGUCAAAGGUUCAAAUCCCUCAUCUCAUAUAUUAUUGUUGUACUAAAAAAUAAAACUCUUCUUGUAGUGUUGUUCUCGUUAUAUCAAUGUGUACUACUGCUUAAAGCUAACAUCAUUUCCCCUUCACAACAAUUUAACAUACAGUUGUGAUUACGGAGGAAGUGAAACAUACUUCAAACACAUUAUAAAUCAUAUUUGUAAUCUUUCA